CAGAGCGCUGGGCUUUUCGUGCAAUGCUCAAAAGCAGAAAGUCCAAAUUCAGAAAAAGCAACGUUCAAAGUUCCUUGGUUAUCUUAUAUUCAGUUGCACAGGCCGGGGGGUCGAGUUUGAUGAGUGAUGAUUCCAUCUGGUGGGGGCAAGUUCGAUAAGAGCUGAUUCCAUGGGAGUGGGUGCUGAUGGUGGGGGCUGAUUCCAUGGGGGGUUGGUGCGGUGAGGGGCGAUUCGGUGUGUGCGUGGGGGGGAUUGAAUUGGUGGGUGCUGUUGUUUUUCCAUCCACCUGCUUCCAGUCUUUCGGCCAUAGCGAUCACCCAUUGGCCGGGUUCUUGGCUGUUCAUCUCCUGCCGCUCCCUCUGGCACCUCUGCUGGUUUUAUCUCCAAGUAUACUUCCUGUAAACAUUUUCCCUCCAUUCUCGCACAACCGAUCUUCUGCAUACAUCCACUCCACCAUUCAUCAUCCUGCCAAUCUGUCAUUUUGUACGGAAUUACGUGAACUUUUGGGUGUGACAUAAACUGUUAGCGGGACGAGUACGUGUGAUCAUGCUGCAUUUAACAAUGUCAUUAAUAAUCCGUCUGUCCGUACUGCUUGUCCCCACGUGGGUCGCGGGCGUACUGGAGUUUAUUUUAGCUGUCAUCGGGCAGCAGGCGGGACACCCUGAACUGGUUGCCAGACAAUCGCAGGGCACACAGAAGGAUGUUAAGGGACGUCAUUUUGCCAGUAAUAAGCUAUACCAUUUCCUACACACCACACAUGUCAAUUCAUUAAUCAGAAACCUAAAUUUGCUAUGCUGGAAAACGAAAUCAAAUAUUCUUAAUGUACUCUUCAUGAUAUAUCUCUGUAAUAAGCGUGUUUGCCUCGUUGUCUGUUAACCCCUGAGAAGUUCUGAAUUUGGGGGGGGCGCUAAUGCAGUCAUUUCAUUAUUCUUUCCGCCACUUUUCCCAUCGAAGAAGUCGUAAAGCUGCUCCGCGAUUGGCUGACAACCCAUUCGUCACCGGGAGUGACGCAUGUCAUCCACUCGCUGGGAGAAAAUGAAGACAAAAUCCAACGCUACGUUGGUUUCCAGCACAAAGUCCGACAGCUAAAAUUAAAACUGGACAACGACGGCGAUGACGUUUGAGUGGCGCUAGCCGACGACAGCGCCCGCCGAGGCCUCCUCCCUCCGUGGGGCGUAAUCUGACAAAUGUCGCCAUCGCGCCUGGGUUUGUAGCCGCUUGACCGCCUGCCAGUCUCCCUGCCCGCCCGCUGCCUGUGAUGUCUGUCCUCCCGCCUCUGCCACCGGAGCUGUGGGUAUCGGUGCUGAGCUUCCUGGGCCCCACCGACAUGCAGGCGGUGCGCUGCUCGUGCCGAGCCCUGCGCCUGCUGGCCGACCACCCUUACCUCUGGCGAGGCCAGACGGUGGUGCUAUCCGACCUGCGCCGCUACACUUUCGGCUUCUGGGACACGCUACGCCGGCGCAAGCUGACCCGCGUGGCCGUGCGCCACCUGCGCCGCAAGGAGUGGCGGCGCCUGGUAAAGUUCCUGCCGUCGCUCAGCGCCGUCGCCUUCGUCAACGGCGGCCGCGUCUACAAGCAAAAGUACCUGGACCACCUGCUGCAGUUCUCUGACGUGCGGGAGCUGGCCGUGCGAGACGCCGCCUGGUCCGAGCCCAUGCUGGGCCCCGCCCUCAGCGCGCACCUGAGCGCCCAGCUCACCCACCUGAGCGUGUGCAACGUUCGCCUGCGCUCCGCCGCCGACUUCGUCCACGCCUUGGCCGGCCUCAGCAACCUGCGCUACCUGCUCUUCCACCAGCAGGGGGAGGGCUGCGGGCUGGACCGGGUGCGCCCUGUGCCCCGGGACGACUUCCACCACAUGAUGACCUGCCUGCCCAAGCUCACGCACCUCUCGUGGGGCAUGAGGGGCGAGCCCCAGGAGCCCCUGCCCGACAACUACCUGAGUCCGCCGGACCCGUGGCGCCCGGGCUUCCCGGGCGGGGGUCCAGCCCUGAGCAGUCUGGAACUGGUGGACUACCCCGAGACCAUCUUGCCCUACAAUGCGCUUAGGAGUCUGACCUCCCUUCGCUCGCUCACCGUGCAUUACCGCUACAUCCGUGAUGGACUGGACUGUCGCCUGGCGUCCUGGCUGGCGCCCCUCAAGCACUUGGAGACCCUCAGCAUAGUGGGCGGGAACUCCCUGUCGCUGUACACCAACACCAUCCCGGCCAGCGUCACACGGCUAACACUGCGUGUGGCCAUCACUCUGAAGGAUUUGGACUCCAUUGCGCCCAAAGUUUUGGCCCUGGAGCACCUGGACAUCGAGCAGAACCGCUCCAGCGGAAGCCUGUGCCGGCGCAUCCCCAUGUUGUUCCCUCAACUACGGACGCUGCGCAUACGGUUCUUUCGUCGCGAGCCCGAGAAGGACCUCCUAAGCCUGCAACGUCUUCGGCACCUGGAGCGUCUGGAGCUCUUGGUGGAGCGCUCCUUCAUCCUGAGGGACUACCUGAACGGGCACCCGUGGCCGAGCCCCUGCGUCCAGGAGCUCAUCGACCAACUGGUGCAGCUGUCGGCCAACCGGAUCACAGUGGUGACCGCCAUGCGCCGCCGUAACCCGCUCAGAGAGUGUAACUGUGUCUGGGAGGGAGACUGAUGGAAGCCUGGAACUUGGACAACCUUGUGAAGCGCUUACAAGAACUAUGUGGUUGAGCGUUAAUGACCUGAACCUGAGCUCGCCCAAAGACAAACAGACUACCUAGACCUUGAGCCACGAUAGAUCCAGGAAGUACAAGACUAGACCUGACUGAACAGGACGAGGCAAAGCAAGACUGGACAAUACAAGAAAAAGGGCAGCACAAGACGAAUAAUAAGACGGGCUUGGACUAGACCACACAGCGUUAUUGUUAGCCAAAGCAAGACAGGACAGGACAACGAAGGAUGUGUGAAGACAAAAAUGGAUUGGACAGCACAAGACAAGACACUGUAAGACGAAAUAGGGAUGGACAAAGCCUGACAGGACAGGAUAAGGCAAGGUGUAGGACUGGGCAAUGCCAGACCAGUCAAGAAAAGACUUGCUCCCAAACAAGACAGGAAAGGAACAAU